AUGUUACUAUCGGUACUCUGGGGAUUCAACGUUCUGGAUCCAAAUUUGUACUCCACUCAGGAACAAUUAGAAAAACCAACUUUUCUACGGUCAGUAAAGUUAUUAACAAAUCUAUGACAAAAUUAUUGACUGGCGGAAUACGGCACGAGCAUGUACUGUUAAUUUUAUCAGAUGCAGCUGAUAAAAGCUGGUCAAUUAUUAAAAAUGUUUUAUUCAAAAAUGGUACAUGUGACAUGCGCAGCAUAUUGCUUAUAUAGAACUGCGGAACAGGUUCGUGACCACUUUAGCGCUGUUGAGAAAUUAAUCGAAAAUUGUAAAAAAGUAUUCAAAAAAGCACCAACUAGAGACGAAAUGUUUGAAAAAGAGGCUCCAGGUGUAUGUUUACCACCAGAUCCCGUAAUUACAAGGUGGGGGUCGUGGAUUAACGCGGCCAUUUAUUAUUGCGAAAAUUUAAACACUGUUUGUCGUAUUAUGACCGAGCUCGAUGACGAUGAUGCUGUGAGUACAAAAAAAUACAUCGUUAAACCCGGUCUUGAGAGCAAUUUAGCAUAUAUAAAAUCAAACUUUACAAUUUUCGUUUUAAGAAUAAAUAAACUACAAACAAAAGACCUUUCUUUAACAGCUGUUUUAAAAAUAAUUGAGGAUAUCGAAGAUUCGUUCAAAUCAUUAAUGUGUGAAGCAGGUACAAUUGUAAAAAAAAAAUUUAAAACUAUAUUUGAAAAUAGCAACGGCUUGUCGAAAUUAAAACGCAUCUCCAAAAUAUAGUGUGGUGAAAAAUAAAAUAAUGAAUUAGAUGGAGAUCUUGAAGAAUUGGCUAGUGGCGAUAUAGUGUAUUUUAAGUAUUCCCCUUUUACAUCGGUAGAUGUAGAGCGUUCCUUCUCGACGUACAAGACAUUUUUGACUGAUAACCUUCGAAGCUUUAAAUUUGAAAAUUUGGCAAAACAUUUAGUCAUGCAGUGUAACUCAGGUAAAAUAAUUAAGAGUAUUAUUUAAUUAUAAAUAAUAAUUACUUAAUUUUUAUUCUUAUUUCCAGAUAAUUUUGAAUAG